AUGGUUAAAUUACUUGUCUCUCAUGGUGCAAAAGUAAAUGGCAACUGGUAUCGUGAACCUCUUUUGAGUGUAGCCAUAAGAGAAUCCACAAUAGAAAUUGUUGAUUAUCUCAUUGCAUCAGGAGCAAGAAUGAGUAGAUUUUGGUUCUUUGGAACAACUCCUUUGGAUGCUGCAAUAAAGUUUAAGAGAAAAGAUAUGGAAGAUCACUUCAAUCCUUCACAACAAGGAAGAUUUAGUCUAACUCACAACAGCUCAAUAGGUAAUUUAAUUUUUGAAAUUUUCGCGAUUAUUUUUAUCUGUAUUUUCUUCUAUUAUGUUAGAAAGAUCUUCUUUAUGUAA